AUGUGGAAGAAUUCAAGGCUCCGUUGCCUUUUAGCACUAGCUAUUUUAUGUUUAAGAAGCUUAAUAUAUUGCCAAGAGAUCGGUUCUCUGGGGCACCUCCAGAAUUUGAAAUGUGUAACGCACAAUUUACGUAAAAUGAUCUGUACUUGGGAUGUCUUUUCUAAAAGAAGACAUGGACAAACUGACUUCUGCUACACUACGAAUGAUCUUCCCCCUCCAGUGUGUUUUAAAACUAAGGGGAGAAGCGUUGAGAUUCCAGUCCCAGAGAGCUCCACCAUGGUGACAAUAACCACUAACAGCAUUUCUGGAACUGCUUUUGCUACCAAAGAGUUUGAAAUUCACAAGAAAGACAUCUCAUUUAUUCCCCUCACUCCACGCAUUCUUAGUUUAACACCUGACUUACCAACUUCCACAUUAAAUCUGAAAUGGAGUGAUAAUGGAUCAGUCUUCCCAUAUGGACUGGGUGCCUUUUGGCAGAUUCAAAUACUCCGUAAAGAAGCAACGGAAAAAGUCAUACAAGUAACUUACUAUUCAAAACUGACUCAUGAAGACAUCAUUCUUUCUUGGAACUGGACAUCAGAUAUGCCUUUGGAGUGUACAUCGCAUUACGUGAAGAUUCGCUGUUACAUUAAUGCAACACAGUUUAUUGGCCCCAAGGAUUGGAGUGACUGGAGCCCAGUAGAAGAGGUCCCUGGAAAAGAUACUGAGCCCAGUGGGAGUGGGGUGUUCCCUCAGGACACUGUGGUGGCAGUAGGUUCGGAUGUGACAAUUUGUUGUGUCCAUGAAGAGGGGCAGCAGAUAAAACGGAUGACCUACGGACCAGACAUAUACCCAAUGAUACAUCUGAGCAGUCGGAGCAGUGCAAUCAGAGUGCUAAAUGCCAGUGCUUCAGAUAGCAGUGGGACAAAUGUAGUGUGCAUACUGUCCGAAGAUGAGAUGGAUGGAACUGUCUUGUUUGUAGGAUAUGCCCCUGAUAUUCCUCAAAACCUCAGCUGUGAAACAUCCAAUUUCCUGGUAAUAAAAUGCACCUGGACACCAGGCAGACCCAGUGGACUAUAUGGACAACGAAGGACAAAGUACAGUUUAUUUGAAAGGAUAUCUGGUACAAAUGUUUCGUGUGAAGUCAAUGAAAUGAACAGAGAGCGUGUCUGUGGCUUUUCAGUACUGCCUGAUCAAAAAACCUACGACUUCAUAUUAGGUGUCUCCAAUCCUAUCGGGCAAGCAGAGUCGUCGCUUUUGAUUGAUUUAACUCAAAGAGUUCAUCCGAAAACUCCAGAAAAGUUAACUGUUUCUGGGAACAGCUCUACAAGCGUCCAUCUGCGUUGGUUUAUAAAUGGCGGCUUUGCUGAUAUCAGGCUUCUGUGUCAAAUUGAAUUUAGCAGCGGUCACUCUGAGCGAAAACUGCACAAUGUCUCCAUACCUGGUGGAAAUUUCUCAACUUACACAGCUCAGCUGAACGCAUUGCAUCCAUAUACCAAAUACCAGUUCAGGGUGCGUUGUUCGGCUGCUGACCACUUCUGGAGGUGGAGUGACUGGAGCAGGAUAGAGGAGCACACAACACUGGAAGCCCCUCCUGCAAGAGGACCAGAUAUCUGGAGAGAGAGAAGUCCUUCUGGAAAAAGUCUAAAAAUCUUCUGGAAGCCUUUAUCCAUUUCUGAAGCCAAUGGAAAAAUAGUCUCUCAUGAAGUGUCCUGCUACCUGCCAGAGACACCACUGGAGUAUAAAGAAGUCACCGAACCCUCAAACAGUACUGAGAUAAAACUUGGAAAAAAUGACUGUGUAAUUAGCGUCGUAGCCAAAAACCAUGCAGGCUUAUCUCCUCCUUCGAGGAUAACGAGUGUGGAGCUUCCAAGCGACAAUGUCAAAACAGAUCGGGCCAUGGCAAUGGGGAAUGCAAUUUAUAUUUCUUGGAAUUCUUACCCCAACAUGACCUGUGGCUACAUAGUAAAAUGGUGUCAUUCAUCUGGGUCUGAACCCUGUAGUGUGGACUGGCAGAAAUUUCCUUCAAAUACAACAGAUGCAGUGAUAAAGUCUGCUCUGUUUAGACCUGGCGUGAGAUACAACUUUUCACUAUAUGGCUGCAAAUCCAAUGGAUAUCAGUUAUUGAAAAACAUAACUGGAUAUAUGAAAGAGCUGCCUCCAAAACGUGCACCAAAUUUUACUGUAGAAGAGACUUCUUCAGAUUCUAUAUUGGUAAAAUGGGAAGACAUUCCUAUUGAAGAUUGUCAGGGCUUUUUAGAGGGAUAUCGACUUUCCUUUGCAAAAGGUGAAAAAGAUGCUUUGAAGCCUAGGCUUUCGGAAUCAGGCAAUCCAGAACUUAAAGUUAAGAAUAUCACUGACUUAACAAAGAAGUCUUUGAAAAUACUUGAUCUUCAAGGCAAAACAAGUUACCAGCUGGACCUACAAGCCUACACUGCUGGUGGGUUGAGCCCACCAAACAGCCUCUAUGUGGUGACAAAGGAGGACUCUGUAGGAUUAAUCAUUGCAAUUCUCAUCCCUGUGGCAGUGGUUGUGCUGCUUGGAGUAGUGGCCAGCAUCUUCUGCUACCGAAAGAGGGAAUGGAUUAAAGAAACAUUUUAUCCAGAGAUCCCAAAUCCUGAGAACAGUAAGGCACUGCAGUUUCAGAAGAACAUAUGUGAGGGGAAUAAGACACUUAAAACACUGGAAAUGAACCCAUGCACCCCUAAUAGUGUUGAAGUGGUGGAAACACAGUCUGCACUUCCCAAGAUUGAAGACACAGAGAUGAUGUCCCCAGCAGCAGACACCACUGUGCAUGAAGAUGGCUCUGACUCAGAAACGGAGAACCAUGUGGUUGUGUCCUACUGCCCCCCUAUCAUUGAAGAAGAGAUCUCAAAUACCCCUAUGGAUGAACCUGUGGGGUCAUCUCAGGUGGUUUACAUUGACAUCCAGUCAAUGUAUCAGCCUCAGAUUAAACCGGAGGAGGAGCCAGAAAUAGACUUAGUGACUACAGCAGGCUAUAAGCCACAAAUGCAGCUGCCUAUCAGUGCUCUGAAAAUAGAGAGUCGCUUACCUGCACAGGAAGAAUUGGAUAAAACUGCCGGUUACAGACCUCAAGCAAAUACAAAUGCCUGGAACGUGGACACUCCAGACUCUCCUGGAUCAGUUGAAAGCAACAAUGAAAAUGCAUCUUUUGGGAGCCCAUGCUCCAUUAGCUCCCGACAGUUUCUGCUUCCCCCAAAAGAUGAUGAAGACUCUCCCAAACCCAGUAACAUAGGAUGGUCCUUUACACACUUUUUCCAGAACAAACCAAAUGACUAACAGUAAGUCCUUGUUGCACCUGAACCUGCCUUCUAAAUAAGCUUUUAUGCCUGGUGUUGUGAAGAAAGGAAGAAGAAAAGUGCAAAAGGCAUGAAUUAUUCUUGGAGACAGUCAGCAGAGGUUCUAGUGAGCUGAGUGUUACCAUGUUUAAGUUAGUGAAAGUGCUAAUGUUCCAUUUUCGUAGAGGCUGAGAGGCCAAAGUUAUAGCAAUUUAGUUAUUACUCUAGUAAAAUAUAUUG